AAGCAAGGAACUUAAGACAUUUACAUUGUCAAUUAUUUAACUCUCAUGUCCUUUCUAUAUUUUCAGACACUUCAAUCAGUCAAUUUUUUUAUUCAAAUCAAGCCAUAAUUUUGUUCUUAUACUUGAACAAACUAGAGUGGUCGGUUCUGUUGUGUCACUCUCUAUGUCUUUAUAUAUAUAUAUAAACAAAGGCCAAAGUAAUUUAUUUCUUGAAUUAUAAGAGCAAGCUAGCAUAUCAUUGUGAAGGAAAGAAAGAAGAAGUAGAAAAAUGGGGGUACAAGGUACUUUAGAAUACUUGUCUGAUUUACUCAGUAGCACAAAAAAGAAAAAGAAGAAGCAAACUCAAACUGUAUCUCUUAAAAUCAGAAUGGACUGUGAAGGUUGUGCUCGCAAGGUUAAGCAUGUUCUUUCUGGUGUUAAAGGAGCUAAGAAAGUGGAUGUGGACUUGAAGCAGCAGAAAGUAACGGUGAGUGGAUAUGUUGAACCAAAGAAAGUGUUGAAAGCUGCUCAAUCUACAAAGAAGAAGGUUGAGCUUUGGCCUUAUGUUCCAUACACUAUGGUGGCUCAUCCUUAUAUUUCACAAGCCUAUGAUAAGAAAGCACCUCCUAAUAUGGUUAGAAAGGUUGGCGACACUUCCAACAUAAAAGAGUCCACCUUUGAUGAUAGCUAUGUUGAAAUGUUCAGUGAUGAAAAUCCAAAUGCUUGUUCUAUUAUGUAAUCAUUCAUUAAAAAUAUGUGUGUAUGAUGAUUAAUUUCUCACCCCUUAUGGUAAUCACACUUUGAGGAGAAAAUAAUGUAAUAGGUGUGUAAUUGAAAAAUGAGAGAUAAAGAUAUGUGAUAGAGGAGUGUAGAAAUUAAUUAAUGUGUAAGAAAAUUAGUUAUUAUGAUCUAAUACUAGAUAAUAAUAUAAUUUUGCAUGGUUUUGCAUA